AUGCGCCAUCGCUCACCCCUGGAUGGCGAUGCAUACACUGGAGAAAUCGAACGACCGAGUGCUAGCUUCAUCGUCGACUUCAUACCACCUGCUGCGAGGAAGACAGAUCCUGGCGACACAAUCCCAGUGAAGCACCUCCACUCUUCGCUCAACAAGAUCAAGCAUCCCAUCAACGUCGUCCGAUGGACACCAGAAGGUCGCCGUCUUUUGACCGCUUCCAGCAGCGGAGAGUUCACAUUAUGGAACGGCACAGGAUUCAACUUCGAGACUAUUAUGCAGGCUCACGACUCUGCAAUCAGAGCGCUGGCCUACUCCCACAACGACGACUGGCUCAUAUCUGCCGAUCACGAUGGGUGCGUCAAAUACUGGCAGCCCAACUUCAACAACCUCCAAAGUAUCGCUGCACACAACGACCCUGUCAGAGAUCUCGCCUUCAGCCCCAACGACUCCAAGUUCGUCACUGCUUGCGACGACUCGACGUUGAAGAUCUUCGACUUUGCGGGAGGAGCAGAGGAGUCAACCCUGAAGGGUCACGGAUGGGAUGCUAAGAGCUGCGACUGGCAUCCGACCAAGGGCUUGUUGGUAUCGGGCUCGAAAGACCAUCUGGUGAAGCUGUGGGACCCCAGAACCGGCCGUUGCCUGACUACCCUCCACGGACACAAGAACACAAUCACAAAAACCUUGUUCGAGAAGGUUCAAGGCGACUGCCUCGCGACGUCAGCACGAGACCAGACUGCCCGAGUCUUCGAUCUCCGAAUGAUGCGCGAUAUCUGCUUGCUUAAGGGGCACGAAAAGGAUAUAUCGACCAUUGCCUGGCAUCCAGUUCACUCAAACCUGCUGACCACUGGCGGUCACGACGGCUCCCUGUAUCACUACAUCCUGGACGAGCCAAACACCCCGGCCGGCCAUGCCAGCUCCGUGGCGCCGUAUGACAGCUCUGAUCCCUCGACAACCACGGCGCAGACGAUAUACCCCGCGCACAAGGUCCCCUACGCUCACGACUUCGCCAUUUGGUCUCUGGAUUGGCACCCUCUCGGUCAUAUCUUGGCCUCCGGUUCCAACGAUCGUAUUACGAGAUUCUGGUCCCGGAAACGUCCCGGCGAUGCCGAUGUCUUCCAAGACCGCUACCACGUUGGAGAGGCGGCCGCCGAAGCAAACGGAACCUGGGACCGCCGCGGUGGUCGUCGCCAGCGGCAGGAGGAAGAAGAGCAGGAGAUGGAGGAUGAGAUGGACGGCCUUGUCGACCAGAAGAUGCCCCUCAAGCAGCCCAUGGUACCUGGCUUCCCCGGUCUUCCGGGCUUGCCUGGACUACCCGGCCUUUCCAUGCCACAGAACGGGACUGGUGGUCCUGUGCCACCGCCACCCAUGAUACCCGGCGUCGGUGCCAACGGCGGAGCUCAUCCCCCACCUCUUCCUUUCCCGCUUCCCGGCCUGAACGGCGCACCGCCGCCGCCGAUUCCCUUGCCCGGUGGCAUCGACCCCAGCAACCCCGCGGAUCUCGCCAAGAUCGCCGAGAUGAUCCAGAAGGCUGGAGGCACUCUCCCACCACCGCCUCCCGGCGGCUUCGCACCCCCCGGCUUGGUACCGCCGCCCAAUUUUGUGCCGCCCCCGGGCUUUCCGCCUAUGCCCAUGCCGCCACCUGCGAGUCUUCAAUACGAGUCCGACGGGCGUGGCGGCAGGAGAGCCCCGCUUCCUAGUCAGGAGGAGAGCCUCAAGGCGGAGCAGCGACGGGGCAACUACACCAGGUCGCGUUAG